AUUUUUGUCGACGAUGCCGAUGUCGUCAUUUUUAGAGGUUGUGCAUUAUGUUGUGCAUUGUAAUUUGUAAAUACUUUAAUUCAACGAUCGCAUCUACUGUAAAUAUUUAGGGAUUUAUAAAAAUACUUGUGCCAAGUUUUAAAUAUUUUAACAGCGUUAAGAAAUUUUUACUGCAACUGUUAAAGUGACAGCCUAAUCUGCCAGCUGCCCUGAGGGCAUAGCUAGUAACCAUAUUUUUGGUAAACCAGCUGUAACCAACCAGUGGUAACAACGGGACGUUCUAAGACUCGGAUUUUGGUGCUUUCCAAGAAAAGUUUGGGGAAAACUAGUGUGAAAAUGGCGACGAGAAGGUCUACCUCCUCGAUAAACACCGCCAUAGAUUUACUUGCAGCCAGUCCUUGUGAUCCCCUUCGUGAACUAUUUGAAGCUUGUCGAAACGGCGAGGUUUCUAAAGUCAAAAAGUUGGUAACUACACAAAAUGUUAACGCCCGUGAUACAGCUGGAAGAAAGUCGUCUCCUCUCCACUUCGCCGCAGGUUUUGGUAGAAGAGAUGUGGUGGAACAUUUAAUUGCCACCGGAGCCAAUGUACAUGCCAGAGAUGAUGGAGGCUUGAUUCCCCUUCACAAUGCCUGCUCUUUUGGCCACGCUGAAGUUGUUCAACUUCUACUGAGUGCAGGCGCAGACCCAAACGCCAGAGACAAUUGGAGUUACACACCCCUACACGAGGCUGCAAUCAAGGGGAAAAUUGAUGUGUGCAUUGUUCUUCUGCAGCACGGUGCUGAUCACACUGUUCGCAAUGCUGAAGGAAAAAUUCCACUUGAUGUAGCUGAUGCCACAACACGACCUGUAUUAACUGGCGACUAUCGCAAAGAGGAACUUUUAGAAGCAGCUCGCAGCGGAAACGAAGACAAAAUCCUUUCACUCUUGACGCCUUUGAAUGUUAACUGCCAUGCCAGUGACGGUCGCAAAUCCACUCCAUUACACUUGGCCGCUGGUUAUAACCGAACACAAAUCGUUCAGCGGCUGUUGCAGCACGGUGCCGACGUCCAGGCCAAAGACAAGGGUGGUUUAGUUCCAUUACACAACGCCUGUUCGUACGGGCAUCACGAAGUGACGGAGCUACUCGUACGUGCCGGUGCCAACGUUAACGCCACGGAUCUGUGGCAGUUCACCCCCCUGCACGAAGCGGCCUCAAAGGGCCGUCGUGAAGUUUGUUCAUUGCUUCUGGCCCACGGUGCCGACCCGACGUUAUUGAACUGCCACGCCAAAUCCGCCCUGGACGUCGCUCCGUCUCGGGAACUGCAAGAUCUGCUCUCUUACGAGUUCAAAGGGCAUAGCUUAUUGGAAGCGGCUCGCCAGGCAGAUCCCACUCGCCUCAAGAAAUUCCUUUCAGUGGAUGUGAUCGGCUUUAAGCACCCUUACACAGGAGACACUGCCCUGCAUUGUGCCGUCGCAACCACCGGAGUCAAAAGGAAGCAUGUCAUAGAGAUCCUGCUGAAGAAAGGAGCCGCUCCCAACGAGAAGAACAAAGAGCUCCACGCGCCGCUACACAUAGCAGCUGACAAGGAACACCUGGACGUUUUGGAGGCUCUAUUACGUCACGGGGCCAAAGUCAACGUGCUUGACGGCCUUGGUCAGACGGCCUUACAUCGCUGUAGUCGAGAAGGUCAGGUAGCCGUGUGCCGACUGCUACUGUCUUACGGCGCCGAUCCCACGGUCGUCUCUCUUCAGGGUUACACUGCCGCUCAGGUCGCCACCGAAUCUGUACAGAAGCUGUUUGCCGAAGAGCCAACUUUCAAUGUCGCUCCUCCACCUGCCGAUCUCGAAUACCAGUUGCUGGAAGCAGCCAAAGCGGGCGAUUUGGACAAUGUUCGGCGCAUCUUGGGCGUCAAUCCAUCGCCGCAGCUAGUCAACUGCCGCGACCUAGAUGGGCGCCAUUCCACUCCGCUUCACUUCGCGGCCGGUUACAACCGCCUCGCGGUCGUCGAGUUUCUCCUCCAGCACGGAGCCGACGUCCAGGCCAAGGAUAAAGGUGGUCUGGUUCCGCUUCACAAUGCGUGCUCAUACGGGCAUUACGAAGUAACCGAGUUGUUGGUACGUGCGGGGGCCAGUGUCAACGUCUCUGAUUUGUGGAAGUUUACCCCGUUACACGAAGCGGCCGCCAAGGGCAAAUACGACAUCGUCAAAUUGUUAUUGAAGCACGGCGCCGAUGCGACCAAGAAAAACCGUGACGGUCACACGCCACUGGACCUUGUACGUGACGGCGAUCAAGAUAUUGCCGACCUUCUACGUGGCGAUGCGGCGUUGCUCGACGCGGCCAAGAAAGGUCACCUAGCCCGCGUUCAUAAACUUGUCACGAGUCAAAACAUCAACUGCCGCGACUCGCAGGGCCGCAAUUCAACUCCGCUCCACCUGGCGGCCGGCUACAACAAUCUGGACGUUGCUGAAUACUUGCUGGAACACGGCGCCGACGUCAAUGCCCAAGACAAAGGUGGACUCAUUCCGCUACACAAUGCCUCUUCCUACGGCCAUUUGGACGUGGCCGCCCUUCUCAUCCGUUUCAACACGGAAGUGAACGCGACGGAUCGCUGGGGUUUCACGCCUCUACACGAAGCGGCGCAGAAGGGCCGGACGCAGCUCUGCGCCUUGCUCCUAGCUCAUGGAGCCGACCCACACAUGAAAAAUCAGGAAGGACAAACGCCACUGGAUUUAUCGACGGCCGAGGACGUCAAGUGUUUAUUGCAAGAUGCUAUGACCCAGCACCUUCCUCCCACAGCUAGCUCGUUGCCCGUUUCGCCCGUCUUCAAUCCGUCACCUCGUGGAUCGUCCAUCGCCACCGGCUGCUCGUCUGGAAGCAGCGGCAACACUGCCACCACCUCUACCAGUCCGCCAACCAGUUCAGAUACCCUAGUCCUGCCUUCCGGAAAUGCGGUCGUUAUAGCACCUCCGUGUCCGUCGCCUGGCCUAGCCCCUUUACCUCUGCUAAUGUUGGGUCCGGAUUCGCCCAGCUUGGCUGCCGCCUCAUCUACCUCUGUGCCUGUUUCAUCCAGCGGAGCUCAGAUCGGCGAUGGCUGCUCUGACAGUGACGUUCCCGAACAGCUUCAGUCCACAACGAGCACCGCGUCUGCCUCCACCAUCGUCUCGUUCCUGUCCAGCCUUGGACUUGAACACUUGCGAGAAAUUUUCGAACGCGAACAAGUGACGAUCGAUAUUCUACUCGAAAUGGGUCACGAGGAGCUCAAACAAAUUGGAGUUCACGCCUACGGGCACAGACACAGACUCCUCAAAGGUGUGGAAAAGUUCUACAGCCACUUGGCCGUUUCGGCCUCGAAUCCCGGCAGCGGUUGGAAUUCGGCUGGAUUAGGACCGACACCUGGGAGCUCGUCCUCGUCGUCCCAGACGACGGGCACGAUGCUGAUUGAUUUAAGCCCAGAAGAUCAGGAAUAUCUAACGGUUGAGGAGGAACUUCAAAGCACCAUACGCGAACACAAGGACAACGGCCAUGCUGGCGGAGUUUUCUCUCGCUACAACGUUUUGAAGAUCCAAAAAGUUCGCAAUCGAAGAUUGUGGGAACGAUAUUGCCACCGUCGUCGCGAGGUAGCUGAUGAGAACGGUGGGCAAAGCAACGAACGACUUCUCUUCCACGGAUCUCCAUUUGUUCACGCUAUCGUGCAAAAGGGAUUCGACGAACGACACGCUUAUAUUGGAGGAAUGUUUGGAGCAGGUAUCUAUUUUGCUGAGAAUUCGUCGAAAAGCAAUCAGUACGUCUACGGAAUCGGCGGUGGGACCGGGUGUCCGUCACACAAGGAUCGGUCUUGCUAUUCGUGUCAUCGCCAGUUGCUCCUCUGCCGAGUUACCAUUGGCAAAUCCUUUUUGCAGUUUAGUGCCAUGCGUAUGGCUCACGCUCCUCCGGGUCAUCAUUCGAUUGUCGGCCGGCCUAGCACUGGAGGCCUUACUUAUCCGGAAUACGUUGUUUAUCGAGGCGAGCAGGCUUAUCCGGAAUACUUAAUAUCAUACCAGAUAGUCCGUCCGCCGGAAGAGCUCACUGAUAAAAAUUAAUUAACCCGAAAAGCUUUUGCUGACCGUUUCAUUUAAUUAAUUAUAUUUUGCAAAAUUUUUUUUCACACUUAAUCUUUCCCCAUUUUCAGAAAAGAAAACGUUCUAUAUCGACCAAAACUUUAGUGUACAUUUAUCGAUCUUUUAUUAAAACCGGGUUGGGAAAAAAAGAAAAAAAAAUACUUUGCUGUGAUAUUGUGUAACAAUGGCGACUUCAUUUUUCCCUGCCGUUUUGCUUGUUUAUGUGGGAAGGGCUCUUUCUGUAGACUUCUUCUGUUUUGGCUAUAUCCAAUGCUUUUAUUUUCACCCCACGCGUGUGAGUGCAACAAGCAAACAAAAUAAUAUUUAGAAAAAAAAUAACAUUAGUAGCAAAUGUGAAAUUGAGCAAAGUUGAAAACAAAAAAUGUAAUAACCAAAUUUUUGAAGCACCAUUGUUUCUGUUUGACAUUGCUGUUGUAUUUGAAUCUCUUUGAUUGGAGUUUGAAGGGCGCGAUAUUGCUUGAUGUAUGUGUCGAACUUUGAUCACAUUUCUUUUAUCUGUUCCACUCAUUUUUCUUCCGUUUGACUGAAGUUUCUUUUCGCGCUAUUGUUUUCCCAUAUAUGUCUUUUUUUCUCACGAUGUUUGCCUCUUGUGCGAGUGAAGCAAAGGUUUUUCUUUUUAUUAUUAUUCAUAUUAUUAUUCGGUUGGGCUUCUAGGUUGGAUCGAUCAAUAAACCCAUGUGGAAUCCUCUCUA